AUGCCUGGAGAUGUGCUUGUGGACUUGCUGAGCUGCUGCUGUAAGAGGGCGAAGCCUUUCUCCGCGGAGACCGCACGCCAACUGUCAAGUCUCAACUCCUGCGCGCGCUCGGGGGCUUCUCGCGCAGAGUCUCCUCGCAUAGAGGCGCCACCGCGUUCCACGGUGAACCCGGGCGAGGGCUCCGCCGUCGCUGCCGCUGCCGCGCAGCCUCUCGAUCUGAAGUCUGCGCGCUCGCUCUCGCGCGCGUGCUCGGGUCGCGCGCCAUCCGCAGCCGAGCCCCUCGCCCCCGAUCGUCUCGAAGACACCGAGUCGUCGUCCCACGCACCGUCCUCUGCGUCUUCCUCUUCCGUUUCCUCGCCUCCUACCUCCUGCUCCCAGAGAGCCGAAGAGCGUCAAGCGCAGCGAGUCACUUCUCAGCGCGGCGCGUCUGCUCUCGAGGAGGCGCUGAGGACGCAGGCCAAGGUCGACGAGCAGCACCGAGGGAGCGAGCGAGUCCAAUCGUCGUUGAGCAGCGACGAGAAGAAGACGCCUCCGCAAGGCGAACAGCUCGCAGACUGUCACAAGGCUGCGAGGGAGCAGCAGGGCCCGGCCGCAUCAGCCGCGGCUCCCGAGUCCGAAGAAGGAGAGAAAAAGGAGACCGCAGAAGCUGUAGAUUCCGCAGAAGGAGAGAAGCCGGCGACUACAGAGGCUUCAGACUGCAAGGAAGGAGGGCAGAGGCAGGCGGCAGAGUCCUCAGACGCCGCCGAAGAGCAAGCGGAGGCGACGGAGACCGCAGAGCCUCCAGCCGCGACUCCGGGGUCGCCAAAGUCAGAGACUCCGCGCAUAGCCACUAUCGCAUCAGCGGAGAGCGGCGCCGCAGACGCGUUGCCGGCGUUGGAGGCAAGCCCUGAAGAGCCGCGCGAGCAGCUGCGUCCCAAGGACGACUCAACCACUUGCGCGUCUCCGGAGUCCCUCCUGCGUGCGGAUUCGAAGGCGCUUGAGAUACCGGACGAGCAGAACGAGGCCAAGCAGACCGGCGCCAAGCAGAGCCCUGUAGACCAAGCCGCGGCGACCAAGCGCGAGGCACGUGCGGAGUAUCCAGUGAAGGCGAGCGCGGAAGGCGGAGCGAACGGUGAUCAAGACUCAGCGGCUGAGAAGCAGCCUUCGCCUCCAUCCGCUCCCCCCGCGGACGACUCACCUGCGGCGUCGACUGGAGGCGAGAAAGACGCGCAAAAGAACGGACGCCUGGAUCCUGAGUCGGCUUCAGCCGACGCGAAGGAAACCGACGAGACGAAACAGGUCCGCGAGGAGGCGAGCCCCGAGGCGGACGCCGUCGCAGCGCGCGAGGCCGCAGAACAGGAGGAAACGGCCGCACCAACUGAGAACGGCAAGGCACAGAGCAAGCGCGGAGGACACAAGGGACGUCGCGCGUCGCGUCGCGGGAGGAACUGA